UCCCUGGUUAUCUCUCUGGACUAUUGUAACUCCCUCCUCAUUGGCCGACCUCAUCGCAGGCUAUCCCUUCUUCAACUCAUCCACCUUACUAACUGUUCCAUAUCUGCCAUCCCUCUCUGCCAAUCCCUCCACUGGCCUCCAUUCAGUGUCCUCCACCCCUCUCUGCCAAUCCCUCCAUUGGCCUCCAUUCAGUGUCCUCCACCCCUCUCUGCCAAUCCCUCCACUGGCCUCCAUUCAGUGUCCUCCACCCCUCUUUGCCAAUCCCUUCACUGGCCUCCAUUCAGUGUCCUCCACCCCUCUCUGCCAAUCCCUCCACUCAGUGUCCUCUACCCCUCUCUGCCAAUCCCUCCACUGGCCUCCAUUCAGUGUCCUCCAUCCCUCUCUGCCAAUUCCUUCACUGGCCUCCAUUCAGUGUCCUCCACCCCUCUCCGCCAAUCCCUCCACUGGCCCUCACUCAGUGUCCUCCAUCCCUCUAUGCCAAUCCCUCCACUGACCUCCACUCAGUGUCCUCCAUCCCUCUUUGCCAAUCCCUCCACUGGCUUCCAUUCACUGUCCUCCAUCCCUCUCUGCCAAUCCCUCCACUGGCCUCCACUCAGUGUCCUCCACCCCUCUCCACCAAUCCCUCCACUGGCCCCCACUCAGUGUCCUCCACCCCUCUAUGCCAAUCCCUCCACUGGCCCCCACUCAGUGUCCUCCAUCCCUCUAUGCCAAUCCCUCCACUGACCUCCACUCAGUGUCC